AUGAUGUUAUAUACCCUAAAGCCCUUUUCUAUAAAUGUUGUAACCGACAAAAAUUUGAAAACUGAUUUUUUAUGUUAUGCUGAUGAUACUCUUGUUACUGCUAGAGCAAGAUCUUUCCCGGAGGAAUCGGUUUUAGCGACAGCUGGUGUGGCUGAUGCUGUUGAUCGUAUUAGUCGCUUAGGUUUAGAGGUUGCUUUGAAUAAAUCAGAAGCUAUUUGUUUUCAUGGACCUCGUAAAGCACCUCCUGUUGGCUCUGUUAUUAUUGUAGGAGGUGUUUCGAUAGCCUUGCAGUCAACAAGUAUCUUGGCCUUGUUCUUGAUAGUAGAUAGAAUUUUAAUGCUCAUUUUAGGUGUUUAUCUCCAAAACUACUGCGGACAUCUGGUGCUAGGCUACUUCCCAAUUAAAAUGGUCCUAAUUAUUUGUGUCGGCAAUUGUAUAUGGAAAAGUUCACCUUUAUGGGUCCCCAAUUUGGGCAGACUCUUUGUCAAAUCGAGAUAUUAUUCUCUUGCGGAGGCCGCAGAGAAUUUUAGCUAUCAGGAUUACUCGUUCAUACCGGACAGUUUCUUUUGA